AUGGCGCGCAACAAGCUGAUGGUCAUCAACGCCGGCAGCUCCAGCCUCAAGUUCAAGCUGUUCCAGAUGGGGGAGGUGGGCGGGCAGGCGCUCAAGGCGAUCGCCUCGGGCAUCUGCGAGCGCGUGGGAGACCCAGGCGCCUCCUUCAUACGGGCCAAGGCCAACGGCGGCGGGGAGACCAAGGAGGAGCAGCCGAUGGCGGACCACACCUCGGCCCUGCAGAGCGUGUCGCAGUUCCUGAGCGGCGCAUUCAAGGGGGACUUCACCCGCGAGGUGCACGGCGUGGGCCACCGAGUGGUGCACGGCCGCGAGAUCAGCCAGCCCGUGCUCAUCACCAACCAGAUCCGGGCUACCAUCGACAAGGCUUCCGACCUGGCGCCGCUGCACAACCCGCCCAACCUGAUGGGCAUCGACGCCGCCAUGAGGACCUUUGCGGGCGUGCCGCAGGCGAGCCCUCUGUAG